AUGGUCUCCUGCGCGCCCCCGAGCGUCCAGCUCUCCGGGCGCUGGGUCGAGCUCGACACCGACGGCGACGGCAAUUGGACGCGCGAGGAGGCCCAGGCGGCGGCGAGCGAGCUUUACUGCAAGUACCACGUCAACGCCGUGGAGGUGUUCGACGUGUUCGUCACCUUCCUCGUCAACCGAGAGAAUAUCAUCUGGAUCCACCCGGCGGUCAGGGCCGGUAAGGGCAUCCCCAAGUCGUACUUCAAGUAUGCCGCCGGGGACAUCAUCAUGUGCGGCUACCGCAACGCGGACAUGUGUCCGAACCUCCUAAAACGGGGCUUCUUCGACGCGCCACUCAAGCACGGGACCGUCCCCCGCGUGGGGACGACGACCUCGUCGGCGCUGAAAUACUGCUACGACAUGCUGGACGAGGGCGGAAUCUGCGACCGGACCCUGCCCUCGACCUACACGGUGUGGAAGAAGAGCAGCGAGGACGGACCAGUGCUACGGAAGCGGCUUCCGCAAGGUGGGCCUGCUUGCGCGCCCAUUUCGCAGAGAAUGCGCGUAGCAACGAGGGGGGUUAGCCAUGCAAUGGGCACGCAGCUGAUGGGCUGCACGGCCUCUACUGCUCAUCCGCCCUACCCUUUUGUCCUCGCGCAGCGUGACCGUUUCAGUUCUCCAUGCGCAGGGCACCCUCGAAUUUAG